GCCUUGUUUUGACGUUCGGUGGAAUUCGGUUCGGUGACGGUUCGGUUGUGUGUUGGUAUUUAUUUAAAACAAUUUAUUUAAUAACGAUUACUGGUAAAUUCGCGAGGAAAACUAUUAUUAAAGUUUACGUGUGAUUUGAAAGUUUGGAACGGACCCGAGACAAUAAGGUUGCAUUUUGUCACACUGUAUGGAUCUGGGAAAGACUUUGCAAGUCUUGGAAGUAACCGAAGGUAAACGAUAUUGGUCAAACUUGAAACCACUGGCGUUUUAACCGCCUUUCGGAAACUCUCAUCUUGGACCAAAAACACAACCGCUGAACAAACACGAAGUUGCCGCUACCCCUAGCCAAUAAAAUUAAACUCCAACAACAACAACAACAUGCCGCUACCCCACCGCUUUCUCGCCAGGAUCGUUUACAGAUUUUAAGCGCAAAAUCAUAAUCGCCAACAAUGCUAACCGAACGCGGCUCUCAUUACCAAAACAGCCACCAAUGUCGUAUCCGCAAUGAACGACCACAAUUCAACCGGCUCAGGCGCAAAUCAACUGAAACAAGGGUGAACUCGAAUUGGUCAAGUACAUCCGCAUGAAGUCGCGACGGAUUUGCAAAAUUAAAGUAUGCUUCAAUGAUUGGCCAAAUUUUUACUCUUCUGGAUCGAGGACGAUAGCUUGGACAUUCACCCGAUGUAAGCGGACCUAUCAUCCAAUCGAAUUUCCACCAGACCAUCGACCUGCGUGUAUUAAAAGUUUAUUCUGCCUGGAAAAAGAGAAUGCCAAAUUUCUAACGCAAACAACUGCACAACAGAGUAGGAAAUGUACCUACCGGACUAACAACUGGUUGUUUGAGGAGAGGAAAAAGAUACGAUUGAUGUACGAGUCUAAUGCAAAAUUCAAACAUUGGCCAUAAAUGGAGCCGCUGGAUAAGACACGUAAAAGCAUAAUCCACGCAAAACACCAACUCGACGCAGGCAGUUGCUACUACUCUACCAGCUGGCGGCACAAAUUCCGGUAGCAAUAUUGCUCCAAAUCCCAUGGUAGUAAUAUCCGGAAAUCUGCACUUCAAGCUACGCAACAUUUUCACUUCCUCCGGUGGGAUACUUCUUGAACUUGUGGCCACGACUGCAGGCGCAUCUCUUCAUCGUUCCAUCUUCAUCGUUCCAACAAAUGAUCCAUGAAUCCACCUUAGCCAAGUGUUCAAAAACGCAGCUUUUCAGCCGUGAAAUAGAUUAAAAAAGAUUAAAAUGUUUCCGUUUCUAACAUAAAUAAAAACAAAGUUUAAC